AUGUCUCGCCACUACUCACCCGUCGACAGCGACGCUGACGUUGACGAAACGCCCGUAAAGCGCUACAGAUACUCGCACAAUGCAGGCGCAAGACAAUUGCCACCCACAACACCAACACGCUCGUCUGGGCCGGACAACUUGGAGAGAGCAAUGCUCGAGUUCCAAUCUCCGAUAGUUCCAGCGUCAUCUCACACAAGAAACUCGUCCCACAACGCGUCCAUCGCGUCCCCAACACCGCAGCGACAUGGCUCGGUCUCGUCUAGUAGCGCCCACAGCCAGGACACGCUUGCAGACGAUGUAACAAAUAACAAUGAACAGUCUUCUCACUACGCCCCAUGGCUUUUGUACCAACAACAUCAGGAGCAACAACCCACCGGUCAAACUCUUCCACGAUUUACAAAUGUUUUACCACCUAUUCCGUCUACAUCUCCUCUUUACCAGCAGGUUCCACAACCCUACUCCGCUCCUCGCCCAUUUUCGUCUGCAUCCGGCCCCCAAAUAGUUCCUGUGCAAACUUAUCACGACCACACACGCGCUCCCUCUGUCGUCACCCCUGCCAGUACCGGCUUCGGAUGGCCAUCUCAAAGCCCAUACGGAAAUCCAACCAAUCAAUCUCCCCUAAGGAAUAGUUACAUGUCUAAUGGCGGUGAUCCGUACCAGCGCACGAGUUCGCAUUCCCGGUCUUCAUCACCCAGUCAAGAUGACGAUGACGACGAAGAUGAUGAUGAAGAAGAAGAGCAGACUACUGCAAAUCAUAACCACCACUUUUCUCAAUACUCACAAUACACCGCGGUCGACGCCGGCUUCAACGAAAAACUUGACGGUGACAUCGCCGCUCACAAGAUGGAUCAUGUCGAGAAGGCAUAUCCCGUCAGCACUCUUCAUUAUGGUCCAGCCCCCGGACGCCAGGCCCGUCGCGCGCAGGCCAGGAAGAUGAUUCCCUUGACCAAUGGUCAUCUCGUCGUCAACUACCAGGUCCCCGAUCGCCUUGUCUUGCCGUACAAAGGUCACAGGGAGAUGUCCGAGACCCGGUACACGCCUAUUACCUGUGAUCCAGAUGAUUUUGUCCGGGAGCGGUAUAGUCUUCGGCAGGUGGAAUACGGCAGGCAGACUGAACUAGUUAUUGCCAUCACAAUGUAUAACGAAAACGAGAUCCUGUUUUGCAGGACACUCUACGGCGUAAUGAAGAAUAUUGCCCACCUUACAGCGCGCAAGUCGAGCAAAGUUUGGGGCCCGGACAGCUGGAAGAAGGUCGUCGUCUGCAUCAUCGCAGAUGGUCGUCACGCGAUUCAUCCUCGAGUUAUCGACUGCCUUACCGCGUUGGGAGUUUACCAGAGCCCCAAUAUGACAGGUGUCAUAAAAAAGGAUGGCAAGGAGAUCAAAGUGAACGCACACAUGUUCGAGUAUACCUGUGGUUUCGCUAUCGACCCCGAUUUACACUUCAAGUACCCUGAUAAAGGCAUCGUACCCACUCAAAUCAUCUUCUUGAUGAAGGAACACAACCAGAAGAAAAUCAAUUCUCAUCGUUGGUUCUUCAACGCCAUCUGUCCCAUACUCCAGCCCAACGUCUGCGUCUUGCUCGACGUCGGAACGAGGCCGGGACCGAAUAGUCUCUAUCACUUGUGGAAGGUCUUUGACAGAAACUCCAACGUUGGGGGUGCAUGCGGUGAAAUCGCUGCCUACAAAGGACCAUUCUGGACACAUCUCCUCAAUCCUCUCGUUGCUGCCCAAAACUACGAAUACAAGAUGAGCAACAUUCUGGACAAACCCAACGAAUCAAUGUUUGGAUAUAUUAGCGUCUUGCCUGGUGCUUUCUCAGCAUAUCGAUACAUUGCUCUGCAAAAUGACAAGACUGGUCGUGGACCCUUAGCUUCUUACUUCAAGGGAGAGGUCUUCUCGGGUCGUGAGGCGGACAUCUUCACGUCCAACAUGUACUUGGCCGAAGAUCGUAUUCUGUCAUUCGAACUCGUGGCAAAGGCGAACUCCGAUUGGAUUCUUAAAUAUGUCAAGGCUUCCGUCGGUGAAACGGACGUCCCAGACUCCCUUGAUGAGCUCAUUAUGCAGCGUCGCCGAUGGCUGAACGGUUCAUUCUUUGCAAUGAUCUACUCACUUGCACAUAUUGGCCAGAUGCUCUCAUCGGGGCACUCUGUCUUGCGAAAGUUCUGGCUCUGCGUCGAGGCUAUGUACCACGCCAUCAACCUGGUGUUUUCUUGGUUUGCCAUUGGAAACUUCUGCAUCUUCUUCAUUAUCUUGACAUCGUCCAUUGAGGAUCCAGUAUUCAAGUUGCCAAGAACUACGGUUCAUUUCGUCAACCUCGCGACUCAAUACCUUCUGGCGACCUGUAUCAUGGCAUGUUUACUAUUUUCGAUGGGUAACCGACCCAAAGCUGCUCCUUGGAAGUAUAACACAGUCACUAUCGUGCUCGCAAUUUUGACAGGGUACAUGCUUGCCUGUGGCAUCAUGUGUGCGAUCCGUACCAUUGACCAAGUUCAUCACUCUGCAUCGUACCGCAAUAUGAUAUUCUCCAUCCUCGUCACCUAUGGAGCAUGGCUUGUCUCAGCAUUACUCGCACUCGAUCCGUGGCAUCUCGUGACAUGCAUGGGCCAGUACACGCUGCUACUGCCGCUCUAUGUGAUAGUCUUGAACAUCUACGCAUUUGCCAAUCUCGACGAUAUAACCUGGGGAACCAAAGGCGCCGAUGUCGCGCCUCCUCCCUCUGACCUCGGUCGCGUUGUCCAAGAGGGUACCAACGAAGUUGUCGUUGUCCUUGAACUCGAAAAGCCGAACACCAAUUAUGUUGAGGCGUUGGACAACUUGAAGACCCGCAAACCAAUCCCACGAAAAGGUGGUCCUUCGGAGUCAGAAAAGGAUCUGAUUUGCCGAGACUACUACGCAAACCUUCGAACAAAUCUCUUGCUUGCUUGGGCUUUCAGUAACAGCCUGCUUGUCGUCUGUAUUCUCAACGGUGUCAGCGCACGCGAUACCUUUUCGAACACUCCUGCUGGUGACAGGACUCGAGCAUACAUGACAUUUGUGCUCGCUUUUGUCGGCAUUACCAGCAUCAUCCGCUUCCUUGGCUCAACCAUGUUCAUGAUCACCAUGGCUAUCACUGGAUGA